AUGAGUGGACAACGCCAAACAAAAACGACAUCGUCACUGCGGAAGCGUAGUGCUUCUAUCAACACUUUGACUACUAAUUUUCGUCCACCCCAUGCACUCUCUAAACCUCUCAAAUCAGCUUUGGCUCAACCUAAUCUCUCUUCCACUAUCCAUGGUAAUGUAACUUUUUUUCCGACGGCACUAAACGAUGAAAGUUAUUUUCCAACAUAUGACUAUGAAGAACAUGAAACACCUAUAUUUCCAAAUCUAACUCAACGACGCAACGCCACCUCUGUUAGAAUAGAUACUCCUGAACGGCCUCCAGAUCUAGAAAUUGAACAUUUAUUCCACGAUGCUGCAAAACGACUAGAAUUGGAUUUGAUUGAUAUACCAAAAUUACCUAUAGACAACAAAUGGUGGAUUCUUUGUAAUGAAAGUCAAUUCACAAAAUUAGGCUCAAUGAUCAAUAAGAAGAAAAGCAAAAACAAAGUCAAAAGCAAACAAUCAAAGAACUCUCAACCAAAACGACGAUCACCUACCUAUUAUAUUGAUUUGUUCCUGGAUCCAAAUAGGGAAGGGAAACUAACGAUUGAUUCAGUUUCAGAUGUCGGUCAUCAAUUAACCACUAUGCCGAUCGGAUGGGUACGCAAGUUUAUUGAAGAACGUGGAAUGCAAAUUAUUGCCAAUGAAUUGGCUGGUAUCAAUAAAAAUCCUCACAGAGAUCAACAUGCAUGUCAAAUUGAACUAGAAAUUAUCAAAUGUUUGAAAUCUAUGAUGAAUAAUGUGUAUGGUAUUCAAGAUGCAUUAGAUGGAUCAUUAUGUGUGGAUAAUUUAGUAUUAUCUAUGUUAUCUCCCUUUGUUCCAGCAAGAAAGAUGGCAUGCGAUACUUUAACAUUUCUAUGUUAUUGUGAUAUACCCACUGGUCAUACUAUGGUACUACAAGCGAUGGAAUUACUUCGAGGUUACGAAGGAAAUGAAUAUGGACGAUUUGAUACUUGGCUUCGUUCAGUGGAAAAGGCACUUGAUGGUCGUGGAAAAAUGGGCUCCCUGGUUGGUGUAAGCAAGGAUCUUAUUUUGACUGAUGGUACCAAAAAUCCUGACACCAUUCUCUUGGAAUACUCGUUAGCUAAUGUUUUGCUCAUCAAUGCAAUUGUGGAUCCUGAAAUUAUGGAAGAAACUCAUGUACGUGUAUCUCUCCGGAAUCAACUUCAUCAUGGUGGUAUUGAUCAAAUAUUUGAAAAAAUGGCUUUAUUCAACAAUGAACUAUUGAAUCGAAAAAUUGAUGAAUUUUGGGAAUUGGAGGAAAAUGACAAUGAAUCUAUCUACGGUGACUUGGAUAUCAAUGAUGCUAUUGACCCAAAGGAUAUGCUUGAUAGAAUUUUGGCUUCUCUUACUGGUACUCGUGCUUACGAAUUCUUUCAUAGUAUAUUACAACAUCUAUUAAUGAUUCAGUGUGAUAACGACAAAAGGAAUCGAUAUUAUCAGCUAAUAGAAUCGGUAGUCAAUCAAAUCGUAUUGGAUCGGAAAGGGGCACCCAAUGAUUUUUCAACAACUUAUGGAAUUACUGUGGAUAAGCUUAUGACAAAAUUUGCUGAAAACGACAAACUUGAACAAGCAUUAAAAGAAGCUCAGGAAGCAAAAGAAGAAGCGGCCAAUGCUAUAGCUCGUGAAGCGGAACUUCGGGAACAAGUAGAUUUAAAAGCAGGUGGAUUGGUUGGACAGCUUAAACACAAAAAUGAUUCUUUGGAAAGAACUCUUCGUAUUGCCAAUCAAACUAAUACCAUGUUACAACAAAGACUCAGCGAUCUUGAACUUGAAUAUCAACACACUUUAGAUGCAAUGGAUUCUCAGACCAAACGAUUAUAUGGUACUGUACGGCAAUUGACGGAAUACGGAUCACCAACAACAAAACGGCAUCGAUUACGUGGUAGCAAAAAAGUGCGGGCAGAAUUAGAUAUCACUAAAAUGCAUAUGUCAGUUUUGACCUCGCCAUUAUCGAUCGAUGGCGACCAUAUUUUCUCACCACGAUCACCUACUCCAUCGGCUUUAUUGAUUUCUCCUUUUGAAUCAACUACAAGCUUGCAUUCUAUUGAAAAUCAAGAUCAUUCUUCCAGCAGAUUGACUCUAUUGCCUUCAUCAGCAACAGCAUCAACGUCUUCCUUAUCACCACAAGUUAUAGAAGGAUCCUCAUCACCACCACCACCUACUUCACCACCUUCGCCAACUAUUUCAUCAAUACUCACUCCUCCUCCUCCACCACCACCACCUCCUCCUCCACUAACUGCCGUUGGAAUGGCAUCAUCGUCAUCAUCAUCAUCUCUGCCUCCUCCUCCGCCUCCUCCUCCACCACCACCACCACCGAUACCACUAAUGGGAGCUUAUGAUUUUUUAACCAAUCGCAAGUCUAGUUCAUUUCAAGCCAAGCAAAAGCUGAAAUUUGUAGAAUGGGAAAAGAUGAAUGUAACCAAGAUCAAUUCUACUGUUUGGAAUCAUUUGGAUGCUGAAGUUAGUAGCACUGGAAACGCAGAAUCAUUGGAUCAUCUAUUGGAACUACAACUUGCCCAAGCUGGUGUCUUUGAAGAUAUUGAAAGGGUAUUUGCUCAAAAACCCGCUGUGCAUUUACAAAUGAAUAGACCCAAGGAGCGAGUGCAGGUAUUAGAUACAAAAAAGGCGUAUAACUUGAAUAUCUUCAUCACGAGCAUGACCAAGAAAAUCUCUUUUGAAAAUAUUCGUCCAGGUAUACUCAACAUGGACAGUUACUUUGAAGAUGAACAAAUCUUAUCAAAUCUAUUGAAAUUUUUACCAACACCCGAAGAAACCGGAAAACUUGCUUCUUAUACCAAUGCUUCCCCUGGAGAACUUUUGGAUUUAUCACCACCAGAUAAGUUCUGCCUAGAAAUGAUGAAAAUUCCUCGAUUGAAGGAACGUAUCGAAAAUAUGUUAUUCAGGGUUACAUUUUGGGAAAGAUAUCAACAACUUCAUCAACAAAUGACGGCGGUUUUUGAUGCUUCUUUAUCAUUGGAACAUGCUCGAAAUUUUAAAAGAUUAUUACAUCUUAUUCUGCUUCUUGGCAAUUUUUUGAAUGGUCAAACCUAUCGAGGUGGAGCAUUUGGAUUUAAAAUUGCAAGCAUUAACAAGACUUAUACCCUUCUACUUGAAUAUUUUCCUUUAGUACCACGAACAGAAAUCAACAAUGAAUUCCGUGAACUUGAAGAUGGACUGAAUACUUUGGAAAAUGAACUCAAACAACAUACAAAUAAUACUUCUUCAGGCGAUCUGUUUGGUCAAGUAAUGCAACGGUUCUAUGAGGAAGCCACCACUGAAUUCAAAAGAGUAUAUCUUUUACGUGACAAAAUGACUGAAAGUUAUGAACAAGUUGUCCGAUUUUAUGGCGAAGAUCCUGUGACCAUGCCACCUGAUGAAUUCUUUGGUAUCUUCAAGACAUUUACAACAACAUGGGAGAAAUGUUCUUUGGAUGCAAAAUUGGCGCAACAAAAGAAGGAACGGUUGGAAAAGCAAAAGAUCAGGGAAAUGGAAAGAAGAACAAGGGUUCGAAGUGGUUCAUAUGCAAAAUUCAAAGGUGUUGAUACCAAUAACUGUAAGUGA